AUGACAAUGCCAAACAUAACAUUUUGUAUGUCAAAAAACAAUGCUUGGAGUCAUUUUAAUCAAACGGGACUAACUAGUCAAGACCUAUAUAAUGCUACUGAAGAAGGAUUAGCUAAAAUGGCAGAUUCAGCAACAUUCCUUAAUAAUGAUUGGGAUUAUAAAAUGGUUAUGGAUGCUUAUUUAAAAUGGUUAAAUGAAAUAGCUAAAAGAAAUGUUUCUUUUGAUGAAUUUAGACAAAAAGUUGGAUGGGAAACUUUAAGAAGAUCCCAACAUCGAUUUGAACGUUUAGAUGUAAACAAAGAACAAAAGAAAAUAAAAAAUGAUGUCAAAAUUACUUGGCUUUCAACAAGACAACUUUGUUUCCAACCACACUUUGAUGCAAAUUCUUUCGUUCCAAUUGCGGAUCAGGCACUAAUUUACCUUCUUAUAAGGUUAAGCGGUAUCAGGAUCACGACCGGAAUCGGGCUGCAUUAUACCGAUUUUUUGAAUCCAAGUCGAGAGAUAAAUCCCGAUAUCGACCGAUACCAAAUUCCGAUACCGCUUAGCUAUACUUUCUUGAAGCCCUUUCUAAAUUUUACCCAGAUCCUAAUUAUUUUAGGAUCCCUUCUUUGUUAUGAAUAUUGUUUACAAUUUUGGUAA